CUUAAUGUUCCUGUCCCGUGAUCAUAAAAGAAAAGCUGUCCGAGGUCCGAGGCCAAGCGUGUUCCUCGUUCUCUCCCUCCCUCGAGCACGACAACGUUGCAACUCACACACUGUACCAUGAAAUCUCUCAUUUUCAUCCUCACACUAUGCAUCAUCGCUGUUUUCUCACAAGCAGCAACUCCAUUAAUCACUUUAUCUCAAUCUCAGUCUCACCCUGAAGCCAAUGAAUCUUUCAAGGUCAACGAAGCCAAGUCACAGAACACGGCUAGUUCCUGCACUUACACGGUGACCAUCAAAACAAGCUGCAAUUCUCCCUCUUACACCAGAGAUCAGAUUAGUCUUGCAUUUGGUGAUGCUUAUGGCUAUCAGGUUUAUGUCCCAAGAUUAGAUGAUCCUCGUUCGGGGACAUUCGAGCGGUGCUCUACGGAUACAUUUCAGAUACACGGCCCGUGUACGUAUCAAACAUGCUAUCUGUAUCUAUACAGGAGUGGAUACGAUGGUUGGAUUCCAGAGCAAGUGACCGUGUACAGCUAUGGCUACAACCCUGUUACGUUUUACUACAAUACUUACAUACCUAAUGGUAUUUGGUAUGGCUUUGACUACUGUCGUGGUUAUUUGCCUUCUACUGCAGCAGAAUAGUGAAGUGUAGUGUUAAUAGUCCUGAACCCUCUGGAAUUUUUCACUUUCUCUUCACUAUGAAAUAAUUAGAGGUCCAAACAUGAAACUUGGUGUUCUUCUGGGCUCAGUAUAAUGGACUUUCUAUUCACCCUUUUGGAGUGUGUUUAAUGUAUGAACUUAAAAUAAACUUUAAUGCUUAUUACCAUCUGAUAUUUAAAUUCCAUAGACUUUUUAGUUUUUA